CCGCAUCGACAAGUUUCAGUGGCAAGCGAUACUGGCUUUUUUGAGAGGCUUCUCGGUGGUGGUUUCCGCUCCGACGAGCAGCAGGAAGACACUGAUUGGGGAGGCCGCGGCAGAAUUUCACAAGAACAAGCUUUGCUAUGCGUUGUUCAUCUUUCUCUGAAUGGAUCUCAGUCAAUAUUGUUGUGGAAAGAAACAUACGUUCAAUAUUGUUUCUUGUUUGUGCAAUUAUUUGUGGCUAUAUAUAUCAGUGUCCACCAUUUCGGUUAAGCUACCAGGGGCUGGGAGAGCCCUUGUGCUUUGCAGCAUUUGGGCCUUUUGCCACUUGUGCUUUUUAUUUAUUACAUGGCAGUUCAAGUGUGAUGAACCAUUUCCCCUUAAGUGGAACGGUUCUUUCAGCAUCAAUUCUUGUUGGCUUCACAACAUCUCUUAUCUUGUUUUGCAGUCAUUUCCAUCAGGUGGAAGGAGACAGGGAGGUUGGGAAAAUGUCACCUUUGGUUAGACUUGGCACUAAAAAAGGUGCAGAGGUAGUGAAAGGGGCAAUCUUUAUGCUCUAUGCUCUUUUGGUUGCUUUUGGUCUAAUCAAGGCACUUCCUCUCACUUGUAUAUUCCUUUGUGCAUUGACCUUGCCGAUGGGAAACCUAGUAGUUAGAUUUGUCGAAGACAAUUACAAGGACAAAAAUAAGAUUUUCAUGGCUAAGUACUUCUGUCUGAGGCUUCAUGCAUUGUUUGGAGUUGCACUGGCUUUAGGACUAGUGCUGGCUCGAAAGAGUGUGGAUGACCCUGGAAGACCCCCUGGCAUUGUUCUUAGUGCUGCCACUUCUUUUUGGCUUCCUGUUCCUCCUAAACGAGUCUUUGACUUCCUCCGUGAUGAAAACUCUAGGAAUGAGGUGCUUUGGUUUUACCCAUUAUACGUGUUUAGUAUAGUUCUUAGCACAAUUUGGCAAUUAGCAUAUUUUGCUUUACACUACUAAAAUAGAAGCCAAUUGCGCAAUCUUAUUUCAAAGUUUCCUAUUACUACUUCAUUCUUAAUUACAUAAAUGUACAUGUCUUUAUUCUUGUGUAAAA